AUGGCAGACUCGGAGAAAUACGAGGUCUUGCAAACCAUUGGUCAUGGUUCUUUUGGAGUCAUACGGAAGGUUCGCCGCAGAUCGGAUGGUCUCGUUCUUUGCCGCAAGGAAAUCUCGUAUAUCAAGAUGUCACAGAAAGAGCGAGAACAGCUACACGCCGAAUUUUCCAUCCUCAACUCACUCAAACACGCGAAUAUAGUCGGCUACUAUCAUCGUGAACAUUUGAAGGCCACCCAGGAGCUGUACCUGUAUAUGGAGUAUUGCGGCGGUGGUGACUUAGGAAAAGAGAUUCAGAAGCUGAAGACUAAGAACCAAUAUGCGGAUGAGGAAUAUGUGUGGAGUGUGUUCUCCCAAAUCGUUGCUGCUCUCUAUAGAUGUCAUUAUGGCACCGAUCCUCCAGAAGUUGGGAAAGCAGUCGGUCCUGGGGAAGAGGUUAGGACUAAAUUGAAGACUAAGGACACGGUCAUGAUCCUGCAUCGAGAUCUGAAACCUGAGAAUGUCUUCCUCGGCGCAGAUAGUUCGGUCAAACUUGGAGACUUCGGCCUCUCCAAGCUUAUGCAGUCUCACGAUUUCGCUUCGACAUACGUUGGCACCCCAUUCUAUAUGUCGCCCGAGAUAUGUGCUGCAGAGAAGUACACACUUCAUUCCGACAUUUGGUCACUGGGCUGCAUCAUGUACGAGCUUUGUGCAAGGACGCAACCCUUCAACGCCAAAACUCAUUUCCACCUUAUCCAGAAAAUCAAGGAAGGCAAAGUUGAUCCACUUCCAAGCGUGUACUCGCAGGAGCUUCAGAGCGUCAUAAGAAGCUGCUUGCAGACCAACCCACUGAAAAGACCAGAUACGGCAACGUUGCUGAAUUUGCCUGCCAUGCGGAUAAUGAGGAAGGAGAGAGAAAUGGUUGAGCUCGGGCGCGUGCUCAAGGAUAAGGAGGAGCACGCCACGCUUAAGGCUCGCGAAGCCGACGCCAAGGUCAUCAACAUGGAUAGCGAACGAGAGAAAUUGAGAGCUGAGAUCGAAGCAACACUGCGAAGAGAAUGGGAAGUGAAAGCGGGGCUUGAGAUCUCAAGGCAGGUACAGCUUGAGAAGGAACGGCUGAACAGGAUAUUCGAGAGUGAAUUACAGUUGAGGACUAAAACAGAGGUCGAGAGACAGCUUCGCUCGAGGUCGUCAUCGAAAACGUCACAGACAUCACAAAACUCUGAGCCAUCGAAUUCUUCAGCAUCUUCGAGAAGUUCACUUACCUCAGAAACACUAUGCGUCAGCUCAAACAAGGAUAGUGGCACCUCGCCCGAGUGCGAAACUCAUUUAUCUUCGAUUAGCACCGCAGCAGACACCGAUUUUCCUUCAUUUACAGACUUGAGCAGCCUCUCACUAGACUCACCGGCAGCAGGGCCGAUUUCAAAGCCCGAUGAAAUCAAGUCAAGGACUCCGCCCCAAAAGAGGCCACGCGGUCCUCUUGCUAGGGCGAGAACACAAUUUGACUCGCCAAUGGACAUCCAGAUGGUCGACCCGUCGCCAAUGUCAAUUGCUUGCUUAUCGCUUUCACCACGACGAAAUGAAGCCGCACAGACGACAAACAUUCCUAUUAGGGGAAACAUCUUCGCAACCGCAGCCAGCAAGCGGCUGGCUCCAAAAUUUCGAUCACCUCGCGCCUCGUUCAUCGCCGAGGAAGAUGAAGAUGAGGAUAACAUACCAGACUUACCCUCACCAACUCGGCCUCCACUAAAGAUGCCGGAUCCCUUCAAAGCACCAACACGACCUGGCAUGCUUAGGCAAAAAACCGCACCUAUGAAUCGUCUGAAUCCUCAAGCACCUAGGCUAUUUACGCCAACAGCCGUAGAGCGACCCUCUCGCGAAUUUACAGAACGCCGGGGGAGAACACUAGUGGAACUCGCGCAAGCUAGGGCAGGGAUGCCGAGCCAGGCGCAGAAGAUUGAGAAGAUCGCUCUGUUUGGGGACGGAGGUAGUAGGAAGGAAAACGUGCCAAUCUGGGAUCCGGAGAAGGAUGAGAUGCCGAGCCCUUUCUUGGUGAGGGGAGGCAAAG